GAAGUCUAAAGUUUUCAGAGUAAGCGGUUGGUUGCUAUCACAUAUUUUGGCGCGCGUUAGGCGUCCUAAGAGUGUAGCGGGUUUGAAAAAGUACUUUGACUCUGUUUCCACGCUCGUUCAACAACAGUCAACCUUAGCGCUGAGCCAAGAUCCAUCAAUGACUUUAAUUUAUCAAAAUAAUUACCUCUGUGUUUAGAGGUAAUCCCUCGGAAUAUUCCUGAUUGUUUCGAGAUGAACUUCUCGGAUGUUGUAAAGGUUACGAAUGGUCUCGCAGUUUUGUCGUCAAAUGGUAUUCACAUUGCUUCUGGUUCUCAGCACAAAGUUUUUAUUCGUAUAGCAAAUACGCUCCAAAUAUUUCAAAUAUACAGUUGUGUAGAUAUAGUGCAAAAUAUAUUGUGGUCCGCAGACUCAUUGUUCAUUCUGACUAUCUUAAAACAUCGUGGCAUAGUUCAGAUAUUCUCCCUAGAAAAUCCGGACUGGACCUGCAAAGUUGAUGAGGGUUCUGCUGGGCUUCUUAGUGCUGUAUGGUCGCCUGAUAGCAGACAUUUCUUGACAACAACUGAUUUUUACUUGAGGAUAACUGUUUGGUCAAUAUCGGAAGUCUCCGUUUCGUAUCUGAAGUUUCCUAAAGCGUGUGCAAAUAAUUUGGCAUUUUGUCCUGGCGGUCGUUAUUUGGCUUUGCUUGAACGACGGAAUUUUCAAGACCACUUAAGUCUCUUCGAUUGCAGACUUCAGUGGACUAUUCUUUGGAACAUAACGUUAGACACUGAUGAUGCCGUGGGACUUGUAUGGUCUCCAGAUGGACGCUAUAUUCUCGUGUACGAUAACUGCUUGAGAUACAAAGCAUCUAUAUACAGUGUUGGUGGAAAACAUCUCAGUACAUAUUGUGCUUAUAAACCAACACAGGAGCUUCUAGGUAUAAAAUCUGUAUCAUGGUCUCCAACAGGGCAAUUACUAGCGCUAGGAAGCUACGAUCAAAAGUGUCGUUUAUUAAAUGAUUUCAAUUGGACUUGUUUAGCUUGUCUAAAGCAUCCUGUUAAUAAACCAAUCGAUCCUUCUCUCGGACUUAGUCCAAGUGGCCGUCCUUUAUGUGUUGAUAAUGAAGUUGAUGGGGAUAUAGAAACAUAUCGAGCACAUCGUAUUGAUAUUUAUGAAGAGUUUCGAACAGGUGUUUCAUCAGAUUUACCAACCAAUCUUAAGGGUCCCCUAGAUUCAUCUACUGUCCAGUACAAACUACUAAGUGGUCCUGUUACUAUUCAAUCAAUUAGGCCUGAUCCCAACCAAGCAUUUCCUAAGGUAGGAAUUGGUUUGACAGAAUUUUCAUCAGAUGGUCGAUUUUUGGUCACACGAAAUGAUAAUUGUCCGAACGUAAUUUGGAUCUGGUCAGUUGAUCGACGUUUAAGUCUAUUUAGUCUUCUAAUUCAUACUAGUGGUUGUGUGUCUUCUCUAAUGUGGGAUCCGAGGUGUUCUGCUCGACUUGCUUUGUGUACAGGUUCAGAUGCAGUAUUUUUGUGGACACCUCAAGGAUGUCUUGCAGUCCAGGCCCCAACACACUUCAAUUUUCUAAUUUCGUCCCUCGUCUGGCUUUCGACUGGAGACGGAAUUCUACUACAAUCGGAAAAUGAAUUUUGUCUAUGCUAUCUUGAUUCUGGUGAUAAGUUUGAGAAACAUAAACCUCUUUGGAAGCCGCCUAAAAUCAAUUUGUCGACUGGAAAAUUCCAUCAAUAUGAAAUAAAAAGAAAUUCUAUAAAUGAACCUGAUCAUUGUCUACCGUUUAAUAAUGCUGUCGGAAAUGAGGACUGCGAUUCUCUUUCCAACCCAUUUGGUGAAGAUGCUCCAAAUUGGUUGAAACAACACAGUAAGAUAUCAUCUGAUACCACUGUAAAAGUUCGGAGAAGAAGUUUAUCUUCGUGUGAUAAACGUAAUGUUACGAAUAAGGAAUCGAAACCUUCUCGAGUUCUUUCUUCUUUAUCUAUCGGUCGACAAGCUUGGUUGGCCCCAUCCCCAAAUAUAAAACUGGCCAAAAAGUCAGCAACUCAAAAUACUACCACAACGAAACGAUAGUGCUUUUCUGUUAAUCUAUUUACAUUUAAAUACUAUCUGUGGAAAUACCGACUUGUUCCUAUUUAAUAUCAGUAGCGAUGUUUUAUGUAUUCGAUUGACACAUGCAUUUCACAUAUUGUAUUUCCCGUUCAGCCAAUAAUUGUGUAGGACUAUUUUAAAUAUUUAAAAGAUAUUGCCUAGUUUUUUCCGGAAAAUAUUUUUCAAAAAUCACUUGUGUUACUAACUUUCGCUUUUAAACUUCUUUUUGUAUAAUAAACUGUCGUUUUCUCUAGUAAUCCUUCAUCAGUACAAAGCUACCAAACAAAAAUUAGUUGUCAGUGAUGGUGAUUUUUCAUGUUGUCUCAUUUGUAAUAAAAUGUUUAAUGUUAACAACUGUAAAGUCAUUCAUAAACGACGUAGGACCUGGAAUAAAUGUGUUACUCCGUGUCUGCACAUUAUACAUCAGCAUAGUAAGAGAAAAUUAAUAAUCAAGUCGUAUCACGUACGGUAAAAACAAAUAUAAGACAUAGUUCAGGAAGUGCAAACGAAAUCAAAGGAGAAAAAGUAUUAAAUAGAAUCAUAACUUGAGACUGAGAGCAAGAUAAAGGAUCGAUCCGCUUCGAAUCAUGUAAACUAUGAUCUUCAGUUAUUGAUUACGAUUAUCUUGUGGAUCUGUACUGGGUAAUCAGCACCUAACAUUGAUCCGUUUCAGAGUACGUAUCUCCAUGGCUAAUGUUGUGUUGUCAUCACCUGAAUGCCUGUGACUUUUGUUUAACUCACUUCGAUCCUAGCCAGCGUUUCACAUCGUGAUAGGUGGCUGCUGGACAUGUGUAUUUCAUUCCAGCUACCCUAACAAAUAAGGGUCAAUAUCUUCACCAACCAAUUUACUGUCUUAACUAAUAUCCUACAUUUAGCUUGAACACUAAUUACUUGGGAGUUCCGCCAUAUACUAUCACUACUUUGAAAACAUAUGAUCAACUACUUGUAACUUGUUCAUAUCUUCUACUUCCGUAAGACAAUAAAAACGGACUGUGUCUCAGUUUACUCACCUUUUUUUAUUAAUCAGGAGCACAUUUAGUCUGGUCUGCAGAUGGGACAAAUUUGCGAAUUCGGAGAAAUAUUUUUUAUAUCCUUGUCAAAACUUAUUCACUAGUUAGAAUGAAGCUCCCAAGUUAGUUAAGUGAUCAACAUACUCAAAUACUUCACAUCCUAUUAGUCAUUUUUCGCAGAUUGAUUGAACUUGCGUUCAAUUUUUUAAAGAAAAAAAUGUGGUUGUAUGUUUUGAUUACAGUAUUAAUAUCAUAUUCGAAUACUCCAUUCAGUUGGACUGACUUGUGUUUUUGGUGAACUAGGGGAUUUCAGGCUGAUCUGUUUAUUUCGUCACAAUAUUUUCGACUUGAUUUCUGUUUGAAUGAUCGUUAUUUUCUGCUUUUACGUGCGAUCCUCUUAAUUUCCUUUACAUCCAAUUCUGUUUUUUUUCCCAUCAAAAUGGAUCACCAAGAUCAAUACAGAAGCUAUUGUCAUAAUGUAUCUAAUAACAGGUUUUGUCAUUUAACAAUGGUCGUGCAUUAUUUUCUUAUAGAAAC